AUACUCAUUCUACCAUGAGCGAACCUCAGUUGAGUUUCGAACUUCAACAGGUGUUGAAUACGCGCUAGAGUAGAAAGCGAUCUUACGGAUCGACCGAAUCGAGAUCAAAAACCAAUCCUUGGAUAUUACCCCGCUUCAAUUUGAAACAAGUUGUCUGCAAGCAGACCGCUUAUAAGUUUGCCCAUCCAGCGAAGAAUGGGUCGCCAGUCGACUUGCAGGCUGGUCCUGCUGCUGGCCAUCAGUCUGGCCAUAGUCCACGCCAAUCCCACAACCACGUCGAGUUCCAAAAUCCACUACAUCCACGAUGACCUCACGGCCAACGAGCUGGACUCCGGCGAGGAUGCGAGUCCCGCGGAGAGUCUGCCCAAGAUCUCCACUCCGAAGGUGAAGGAUCUGCCCGUGGAGACGACCACCAAGAAGGCGGAGCAGAAGGCCACCGAGAAGUCCCUCAGCGAGGAUGUCUUGAAGGACCUCAUGGAGGCGGCCAAGCACAGUCAGGCUCUCGCCGAGGAUCCCCACUUCAACAAGAUGAUCAACGCCACGGUGGAGAAGAGCCCGGAGAAGAACUCCACCGAUGGUGAGGACAACUACGACAACGAUUACUACAACUACGACGAGGAGGACUACUCCUACUUCGACGAAAAGACGACCACCAAGAGUCCCAAGGGCGAGAAGAACAAGCCCAAGUUGCAGCCCAUCGUGGACAGCACUAAGGACAAGAACUCUGCUCAAAAGUCAAAGGAAAGCACCAAUGACAUCGACAGCGAUUCUCAGUAUGACUACAACGAGGAUGAUGACGACGACGAUGAUGAAGAUGACGAUGCCUCCGACGAACAGCUGACCGAUGAUGAGCACGUGGUCUUCAGCGAGGAUGUGCCCUGCCCGAGGUUCUGUACCUGUGCGAGAAACAUCAACGCCUAUAUGGUGGCCACUUGCAGCAGACUCGAUGUUGGCAUCCAGAAGUUUGGCUCUGACAUCACUGAUUUGGUGGUGACCAACGUGGGACCCAAGUACCCCAUCCUGGUGGGUCCCAACUUCUUCCUGAACCUGGGCCUCAAGAACGUGGCCUCGAUCAAGAUCGCCAACUGCACCUUGGAGUACCUGCAUGCCGAGGCCUUCAAUGGACUGGACAACCUGUAUGCCCUCAACCUGACGGACGUGGGUUUGGCCCUCAUCAAUCCGGACACCUUUGCCAACAACAAGAUGCUGCGCAUGCUGACCAUUUCGGGCAAUGACCUGAGUGUGAUGUCCAGCGUUCGCUAUCUGCUGAAGUCAAAUAGUAUUGAGGAGCUGGAUCUGUCGCGCAACAACCUCAUGGAGCUGAACCCCAAGGCCUUCUCCAAGCUCACCAACGUGGUCUACAUCAACCUGAGCCAGAAUAGCCUGAAGAAACUUCCCGAGACGGCGUUCGAGACUGUUACCCUUCUGGAGGAACUGGAUCUGUCCUACAAUUCGCUGACUGAACUUCCCCGCGAUAUCUUCAACACCACCACUUUGUCCAUUCUGCACCUGAAGUACAACACCUUCAAUGGCGAUCUGCACUUCGGCACCAAGGAUCUGCAGCAGUUGGACUUGAGUUUCAACUCGAUCGAGUCCGUGCACCACAGCAUGUUCGACAAGAUGCCUGGAUUGACCAACCUGAACCUCAAGGGAAAUGGCAUCAAGAGGAUCCAGCCGGACUCCUUCCUCACGCUGAAGCUCCUUCGCCACAUCGAUCUGUCGAUCAACGAACUGGAUCAGAUCUCCGGAAUGCUGUUCUUCAAGAACUCAGAGCUCGAUGUGAUCCGGCUGAACGACAAUCCCCGACUGAGCCAGCUGCCCACCGAUGGAUUCCUGAGCUACAGCGGUGAGUUCACCGUCUACUACUUGGACAUUUCCAACUGCGCCAUUGGUCCUCUGGGCCACAAGACCUUCUCCACGAUGCCGCAUCUGGCCACUUUGAAGUUGGCCUGGAACAAUAUCAACCAUUUGCCUCGCGAGAUCUUCAGUGGACUGCACAAGCUGAUCGACUUGGAUCUGAGCAACAAUCUGAUUUCCCGCAUUGAUGAUCUGAUCUUUAUGGAUAAUGGUGACCUAUCCAAACUCAGUUUGGCUGGCAAUCCAAUCAGUCAUCUGUCUGUUCGUUUGUUCCUUCCUCUGCAUCAACUGCGUUCUUUGGAUGUCAGCAACUGCGAACUCACAGCUCUGCUUUCGGACACCAAGAUGGGUCUUGGCUACAAGAUCUUCGACAGCCUGCGCAAUUUGAAUGCCUCCGAGAACGUGAUCAGGAAGAUCUCCUCCGCGGAUGUGAAGGGCUUCAAGAACCUGCGACUGCUGGACAUCAGCAACAAUCCACUCAAGUGCACCCGCGACUUCCAGGACUUCAUUAGCUACGUGACCCUGCAGAUGCAGCUGUCGCCCAAGAGAACACCGAUGUUGGCCAAUCUGGAGGAGGAUGCUACCCUGGUGGAGUUGGAGAACCAGGCACAGGCUGGCUGGGCUUCCUUGGCUCAUGAGGUUUGCAAACACGAGGAGGGAGCCGAUCUGCUGGACGAGAAGAAGGCCGACAGUGCGGAGGCCAAGCUGGAGAAGCGUCUCAAGGAGAACGAAAAGAAGCUGGACGAGGACGAGGAGAAGCUCCUGAGUGUUUUGGACAAGAGUGUGUUGGACAAGAGCCGACUGAGCAGCAUGCAGAAGAUCAUGAAGGGAUCUGUGAAUGCUGAGACUGUGAAGCACGAGGACGACAGUGCCGAGGAGAAUCUGAACAAUGGUGGCGAGGACAAGGAGGAGGACAGCAGUGACUACGACAGCGAGGAGGACGAUGAUGAUGACGAUGAUGACAAUGAUGACGAUGACGAUGACAAUGACGAUGAUCGCUUCGAGGAGGCCAAGAAGAACGCCAAGAAGAGCGAAUCGGACAAGGCCUUCAACACGUUCGUCAACAAGGAGCUGAAGCCCGUGCUGAAGGACGAUGGAGUCAAGGUUGAGGAGGUGGAGAUGUCCAAGGAGCCGCGCGAUAAGUUCCUGUUGGAUAAAUUCGGUUUCGACAGCGACAGCGAGGAGUUGGAUUCGGAGGAGUACACCGAAAAGGUGAUCUACCACGGCCAGCUGUCCUACGACCUGGUCGUCCCCGUGAUCAUCGUGUCCUUCUGCCUGCUGAUGAUCGUCCUUUCGAUCGCCCGCGUCAUCUAUGUGGUGCUGCGCAAGCGCGGCGAGCGCUACCGCAUGGCUUUGAUGAAGAACUCGAAGAACAACUUCGUCUACCAGAAGCUGAGCGAGGAGAUCGUGAAGCCGACCAGCAAGGACCAGAAACAGCCCAAGCACCAGAAACAGCCGAAGGUGCAUCGGUAUGCGCCCAUCAACCAGGUCUAAGUCCGCCUUGAAUCAGCAGUUCCGGGCCGGACUUCGCGGAAGUCGAACGAGUUGCGCUGUUUUUCUAAUUUAUAAGUUUAUUGAUAGUUGAACAAGUGGAAAAUCGCAUCAGACAGUUGACUACACACACACAAGCACAAGAAUGAAAAGACACAGGAGCAGGAAAAUGAUAAUGAAUACGAUGGAGCAUUAGCUGGCAGUUAAAAGUAUUAGCGAAAGUGCGAGGAAACAAAGCAACAACUGAGAAAUACUUGAAUCCAAAUAAGAAAGGGAGCGGGAAGAUAAAUCUUGAAAUGCAAAUCCUUUAUCCCUGAAAUAGCCUAUUCCGCCUAAUCCUGUUGCAGCCAGUCAAAAGGUUUUUGGCAACAGCAGAGGUGGCUUUCCAGAAAAAGCGUUUGAUUAGCAGCCGUUUCGCGAGGAACGGACUUGCCCCUUAUCGAACCACUGUCCCAAAACUCACCCAAUCCAAACCCCAUCCAAUAUAUCCGUACUUAUGAGAAUUUCGGGAACAACUUGAAGAUUUAGUGCCAUUUUGCCAAAAUUCAAACCGAGCGAAAAUUACUUAACAAAAGAACAUUAAAGUUUCUAAACUGAGUGUUAGUCAGAAGGAAGAGAAACGAGAAGCGAGGAGCAAGGAGCAAGGAGCUGAAAGUAGUAGGGUUUUAGAUCCGGUUAUGUGUAGCAAACGGUUAGUAGACUCCCUAGAAUGACGUCUGAUUUUGAGAGAGAAAUAAUUAAUUCAUAAACUAUUUUAAGUCUUUUUUAUUACCUUUUUUCCAAUCGAAAUGCAAGCGAACGCUUGGCUUAUUCGACUUUGAAACCAAUUCCGAAAACAAUAAAUUAUUUUAACCAAACCGAUCGUAAUCUUUACAAUGCAUACUUAAUAGACAUACAUACGUACUUUUAACAAUAACAUGCCGUUCAAUAAAAUUGAAUAUAUUUUA